AUGGUUCAAAAUGCAACAUUGGUGAAAUUGGCGGCUGGUGUAUUUGUUGCUGGUUCAACGGGUUUAUAUUUGGCUCAAAAACAGGUGCAGUGGAAAGUUCGAAAAUUGCCACAUUAUAAUGAGGGACUCCGAAUUGUUAUGGAACAUCCAAAAGCAUUAGUGAGUUUGAAAUUUUUGAAGGAGAAAAUUAAACUAACAAAUUUUUUAGGAAGCCAUCGGUGCACCAAUUCAAAUUGGAACUGUUGAAUUAUCCGAUCGAUAUCAUAAUUAUGUUGAUAAAAUGAAGAGUAGGGUGAGUUUUUUGAAUUGAAUUUUUUUACAAUAAAUAAAUCUAGGCUCAGAUCCUAUAGAUUCUUUCAGAGAGGUAAAAGUUCAUAUUUUCUAACAAAAAAUCUUUGAAAGCUAGCAGAUUGUGAACAUUUCUUCGAACCUUAAAAUAAUAAGAGAAAAGUUGAAUUUGCAAAAAAUGAUCCUCUUUUCCUUCGCAAAAUCACUUUCAUUUUUCCAGCUACGAAUUCCAGUCACUGGCCAAUUAGAUUGUGGUUUUAUGGAUGUUUUAGCAAUUCGACCCGAUGAGAAUCAAGAUUUUGAAACGGCAAAAGUUCGAUUAUAUUUGAAUGAUGGAGUUUUCACGAUUUUUGACACGAAAAAAUGGAAAGAUGAGGAUAAAUUAGAAGAUAAUUAGGAGAAUUUGUAAUAAAAUUUAGAGAUUUUUGAGAAAUGUUUAUUGUCUAUUGAAAAAAGGUUCUUAAUUGAUCCUAACUUAUUAUACCUCUGAAGUAUUUUGUUUUAAUUUCAGCAAAAUCAAAUUGUUCUUCUAUUUAGACAGAAGAAGAAAAGACGGGUUCGACUUGGAGAAAAUGGCCAUUUCAGAAUGGAUACGAGCAUUACACGGUAUGUUUUUUCUUGAGUUUAUCUAGAAAAUUAAUCUGGAAUGAAAUUUUCAGAAUUUGGUUGGCCCGAAUUUAUGCAACCGCACAUCGAAGUAUUAUUGAUUUGGAUCACGUGGGCUAUUGA